AUGGCCUGGGAUGACAAUGACGAGCCCUUGCCGGACAUGGCCCCAAUCCUGAGGAGCGUCUCGAGCCUCGUCAUGUCCGUGGACCCUGAAGACGGCAUGUCUGCUACCUCUCCCCACGCCACUGCAACUGCAGGGCGAAACCGUGGCACCAACAACAUGGUCGGCACCUGCAACAGCGGCAGCAGCAGCAGCAGCGCCGCCGAGAGAGCCACAACUCAGAGCGGCGCCGCGCUGGGCUCCAACGCGCUGGAAAUGCUCAUGGCGCCACUGCCGCCCACCCUCAUGGACAACACGUGCCUCACCCGGGAGCCAUCUUUCCCGCCGCCGUUCGGCCGGCCACGGUUCGGUCGCGAUCCUUCCUUCCCCCCCCCCGUGCAGGUGGGCGGCGGCGGCGGCGGCGGGCUAACUGCGGUGGACAUACUGCCGUCGGCGCCGUCUCUCCGCAACACCUGGUCGCAGGUGGGGCGCAGCAUCGCGGCUUCGACGGAGACGCCCUGCAGCAGCGGCGGCGGGACCACGACCAUGGCCGGCGGGGGCGUGUACGCCGCGGGCGGCGGGGGAGGAGGAGGAGGCCCCAGCUUGUCGAGCGACAACUUUCAGGGCCUGGGCUUCCUUGGCACCGGCGGCGGCGGCGGUGGCGGCGGUCGCCUCGGUGCCAAGCAGGAGCGACAGUGGGAAAACGAUAAUGCGGGAGACCGAGACCACGGCGGGGGCGGCACCGGGGGACGGGGCCUGAGCGACGAAGACCACCAGGCGGACUACCAUCCCGAUGACAUCAUCGGCGGCAUCCUGCCCUCUUCGCGCCCGCGCCGCCCGAGCUUCGACAAACUCGCCGCCAUGAUCCCCGGGAUCCCCCACUGGCCGGUCCCGCCCUCACCCUCCUCAUCGCCUCCGGCGCCGUCGUCGUCGCCAUCUGCUGGAGAGUUGUCAGGGGAACUCCAUGCUCCUUCCGCUAGCGGCGGCGGCGGCGGCGGCAGCGCCAAGGCCAAGCAGCAGGCUCAGUUUCCCCUCCGGACGAAAACACCCCUCCUGUCCCCGCCAGCACCAGCAGCACCAGCAGCGCCGUCUUCGCGGGGACGGCAACCCAAGAUAACCCGCGCCGACAAGAAGCCCAAGAAGAAACACCACCACAACCCUACCGCCGAUUCUCCCACGACCGCUCCUUGGACCGCUCCUACGCCGCCCUCACCGGCGGUGGCGGCGGCGGCGAGCAUGCCCCCUAAGAAGACGCCGUCGUCAGGCAACGGCAAACGCGCCUUGGAAACUCCCCUCUCGUGCGGGCCGGCGCGCGCCGGCGGGGGCCCCGUGGACUUGGCCAAGCAGGAGAGGCGCCGCGUCAAGAUCCAGAGGUACCUGUACAAGCGCUCCCGCCGGAAGUUCGCCAAGUCCACGAGGGACGCCUCGCCGUCCCGCUCCCGCCCCAAGGCCGCGCUGCUCCGCCCGCGGGUCAAGGGCAAGUUCGUCAAGACCACCCCCGACUUUGUCUCCGUCAACGCCGGCGGGCCGCCGCAGCGGGAGGACGGAGGCGGGGAUGGGCUGGCGCAGUGGGAGCCCACCGACAUGCUCCCCGGCAACAUGAAUAACGCCUUGUCGCCGAAACCCCAGGUGGCCGCGGGGGGGGUUGGGGGAGGGCGGCGCUGCGGCGGUGUCGGCGGCGGCGGCGGUAGCGGCGGGGUGCGCUCCGUGCGCAACGGCGGGAGCGUCAACAUCAUCUUCGACAUCAGCAAGAAGCCCUUCUCAACGACCCCGUCCUCUUCGCUCAUGCCGAAGGGUGGCGUGGGCAGCAUCCUCCCCCCACGCGCGGUCGCCCUUUCCCCUGCCGGCGCUCCGAACGCGUUCGCGUGGUCCGCGAGGCCCGUGUAAAUGAAAACAUGUGAGGGUUGCUUUCUUGAUGGUUGUUGACGACGACGCUUGUGUCCCCUGAAGUUGAGAGUUGCGUCGCGUCGUGGAGUGUGUCUGUUAACUCUGGUUGGCUGCUGCUUUGCGUGUCGAUCGAAGGUUGUAGUUACCGUGGCAUGUGCGCAUCUACCCUGCUGUUGUUUUUGUUGUUCUCGCGUGAUGCAUGCUGCUGUUCCGUCGUUCGGGAGGUACUGUAGAUCCGAGGUCGUGCUUUUGCUGUGGAGGGGGAGGAUGAACGACGAUGAUAGGUCGAUCUGUUUGGGUUGGUUUCAAGCAUCCAUAGUCUCAUUGCUGUCCCUCGGGCGUGUUGAGAGUAGAGCCGUGUUGGCUCAUGAAGUUUGUUAGUUAGACUCACAGGUACUUUAUACAAUGUUAUGUGCGUUUUUCUUGUGUAAAUCAUUUUUUAGCGAGUGCUUUGUUGUGACGGCCUCGGCACCGCCGCUCCUCAAACUGUGGUAACAUUCAUUUUACACCCCCCGUCAAGCCGGCACGUGCAUGUCAUGUACGUCUCUACAUAUUUUACACAAAUUUUCGUGUAGUUCCUUGGUUGGAUCUGUUGGUGCAUGCUCCUCGUACUCUUGCUCCCCCUCCCCCCGCGCUGUUUCUGUUGUGUUGUUUGACGUGAAAGGAAUUAGCGCGCGCUCCUGGCGCUCAAACUAUAGAGAGCAAUAUGCUAUAAUAUGUCGAUUUUUAAAUAGGCGUCGGGCUAAAGGGUACAUGCUUGGUCAAGCCCCAUGCCUUGUUCCACCGCAAGUGUAUUGUAUGUUUAUUUUGGCGUUUUUUGUUUGCUUCGAGUAUGCGCAGACUCGGAGAAUUUUUCUUUUAUAAUGUCCUGUCGACCCCGUUGUUAGGAACUUUCGGGUGGCGAGGUUCUGUCUCACGAUGACGUCGUAGUGUGUUGGUACUCUGUCUGUUGCUGCUCUUAGCGACCCUGGCUGUACUCGUCCCUUGCAGCUUGGGUACAUCUUGAAAGUGCCGAAAACGCCACUCGGUAAGGGUAAGGGUAUUUUGUAGGCAGAAGGGUGUCCUGGUUAAAAGCACUAGCGCGCUCAUGAGUGUGGCGCGAUUCUGGCUGGUGCCGAUCAUGCAUAUGGUUGGGUGGUAAUGUUGUGGUUGGGAAUGCUUGGAGUGAAAUGUGUUACUGAUGACGGGGGGGGGGAGGGAAUAGAGCGAAGCCCUGAACCCUUACUCAUCCGGAUGAUUGUGUAGUAUGUGAUGGGGCUGUUGGCGGACGGCCCAAACGAGUCGUGUUUGUCCUUUGGUGUUGACGAUUUUGUUGGUGUAGGCCUGCGGCAUGGUCUCUGUCAGUAAGUGCCUCGGUGUGUACCUCGCUAGCUAGCCUCAUCUCCCAUGGUCGCGAAGAAGCAUGUACGGCGACUGGUUAUCUUGCGGUCCUUUCACACACGCGCGCGCGCGCUUGUAGUAGAUCAGGUUCACCAUCCCUUGUCCUUUGUGUUCAUCGUGCCACGUUGGUGUUGGCUUUCAUGUGCCAAAUUUCGGCGCAGCCGGCGGCGAGCAUUCUCCCCCUUGCCCCCGGUGGAGGCUCGUGGUAUCGGUUUGUGUCAAUUCCUAGCAGCUCCGUUAGAAAAGCUCCCUUCCCACUUCCCGUUUGGGGUUGGGGCUAGUAGAAUCUGGCGGUCGGUGGUCUGGUAACGUACGUACGCACGUGGCAGACUGAGAAGGGGGUAGGGAUAUGAGUUAGCUUCGUUUAUUGGUCUGUGUCCAACAUGAUCGAAAAAAGAAGAAAAUUUUCACACCAACCUGUCGACGCAUCUGCUGAGUGAUGGUGGUGUGGAUAUUUAUUCCCACCAACGCUGAAGUUCCUUGUCUCUCUUUGGUGACGUUUCAGGGAGUGGGAUUCGUGCAGCCCAUCUUUCCUUGUUUUUAUGCCUUGAGACCCCCUCUACCCCCGGUGGAUGUGGUUGGAUGUGGUGCUUGCGUUUCGCGGCUGCACACAAGUUAUGUAUGCUGUCAUGUGUAUAUGCGAGGCGUCACUGUUGGUGUCGACCGCGCUAAGCGACUGACCAUUGAAAAUACGUCAGUCUCAGUGCCGCUGAAAGCAGAAUAGUCUAUGCUUUUAUACAUAUAGGCGAUUAUCUUGGACCCCGUGGUGGGGCAUUAUGCGGGAGGGGAGGCUAAGCUACUGCUCUCCAGAUGAAAGACAAGAAAUACGGUAGCAAACGUAAAAAAACUAGGUUCAAGUGUCUACCAGGCUGCUGUACUCGCUUGUUUUCGUUG